AUGCAAACAUUACUGGUUCUACUACUGGUUACCACAACAGUUUCUGCGAUUAAGAGCCCUGACGAGCAGAUUGCAGAAGAAUACCUCUCACAUUAUGGUUAUUUACAUAGAGAAAGCAAUAAUGGAGUACGACUGUUAAGAAGAGGCGAAAAAGAUCAGGCAUUUCGCGACAGUUUAAAAAUGUUCCAAAGUGUGGCAGGGCUGAAGGUUACUGGAAAGGUGGAUAAAGCGACAAAAGAAAAGAUGUUGGAAAAAAGGUGCGGUCUUCCAGAUUACGCCGGCGCUGGUGUCGCUAAUGUGAUUACAAAAUGGAAUAAAACGAUGCCGACAUAUUCUAUAUUGAACUACGUCGAUGGUUUAACACCCCAACAAGUCCAGAAUGUUUUCCAACAAGCCUUUGAUAAAUGGUCUGCAGUGAUACCACUGAACUUUUCAUAUGUUGCUUAUGACUAUGACGCUUAUAUGAGAUUUGCUUAUAUUGAUGGCAAAGACAAAACAUACGCAUUCUCGACAGUAGGCUAUAACCCAGGCAAAUAUAAAAAUGGCAUUCUUUUUGACAGUGGUGAUUCAUGGUGCGACAAAGACCCUGAAAAAAUAAAGAAUGAUUCCACUGAUCUUCUCUCUAUCGCAACACACGAAAUUGGUCAUCUUCUUGGUUUAGAUCACGUUUUUGAUCCAAAAGCCAUCAUGGCUCCCUAUUACAGACCACCGUUGGAUUGGAGCGGUAAAUACAAAGAGCCGCAACUUGGCCCGAACGAUAUCCAGAGAAUUCGAGCAAUUUAUGGUAGCCCUAUAUUCAUAAACCGUUAA